ACAGCACUUUUCAUUUAUUCAAUUUUUCAUAACAAAAAACAACGCCACGGAAAUCAUUACAAAACUUUGCUGCUUGAAAAUGGCGAAGAUAUGCAGAGUUUGCAUGGGGACGUCAAGAGCAUUAACGAACAUUUUUGAUGAGAACCAAAAGAGGGACUCUUGUAUCGCUGACAUGAUAUCGGAGUGCACAGGGUAUGUGGUAGAGCGAGGAGAUUCACUACCAGAAAACAUCUGUCUACCCUGUCUUGGCGAUGCAGUGGGUGCAUUCAACCUCAAGAAAGCCUGCGAACGGAGCUAUCGAUUCCAUCUCACAGGGAUGGAUGAGGAAAGUGAAGAGGACAUGAAUGAUAAAACGAAUGAUGAAGACUGGCAUCCGUCAGAAAGGGACAGUGAGCAAUUGAACAGUUUUGACACCGUUCCAAUUAAACAAGUAAAUGAUACGGAUAACAGGAAUCAUCUGGAACUACCCUACAAGUGCCCAAAGUGCCCAAAAUCCUUUCAACAUAAAAACCAACACACCCUACACAUUCGCACUCAUAUGUUGGCGGACACUGCCGACAAACCCUUCAAAUGCACCGAUUGUUCGAAGGCAUUCUCAAUAUUGUACUGCCUUAAAAUUCACGCCCGUGAGCACUCAGCUGAACGACCCCUUCAAUGUCCUCUCUGCUCGAAGUCAUUUAAAGGAAGGGCGGAUCUUCUAGCACACAACCGUACGCAUAAAGCUACAUCUAAACUUGAUGGAGACACCACUCCUCACAUUCGUGGUACACCCUAUGAAUGCACUCGCUGCUUAAAGCUAUUCAAAAUGAAACAUCAUCUACAGGUGCAUAUGCGCUCUCACACUGGGGAGCGACCGUACAAGUGCACCCAGUGCCCAAAAACAUUUAGAUACAAAGACAAAUCCUACCAUAACCACAUACUUUCUCACACCAACGAUGAAAAGCAAGCGAUCCGGCAGUCUUCCAGAUUACAUUCGAAAUUGCUGGUGGAGCCCCUUCCCAAAGAAAUGUGUAACAUAAAAAAGGUCGGACAACAAUAAACAUUAUUUAUUUGAUGACUUUAUAAGACCUUUAAAUAGCUAUACAGAAAAACGGUUUGCAUUUAACUGCUGCUGAUAUGUUUACUGUGAACGUAACCAGGAUCUCUAUCCGAAAAUCUGCCUUGCUCCACUGGAAUCUGCUACUGCUAAUUUAUUAAAAACAUUUC